AUUUUCACCGAGUAUAGUUGUCAAUAACCAUUGCUUACCAUGUAUUUAGUAUGUUUCUACGCUUCUUUGGUGCUUCUUACGACAGCUAAUGCUCUAUCUCUUCGACCAUUUCGACACUUUCCAUUGGAUUGUGGACCAGUUUGUAUGAUAGCCUGUCCUUUUGGUAAAGAAGUCGACAGUCGGGGAUGUCCAACAUGCCGAUGUCGACAGCCCGACACAUUUCCAGUGAAUCCAGAUAGAUGUGGACCAGUCUGUAUGAUUCGUUGUGAGUAUGGACAGAUAAGAGAUUAUAGGGGAUGUCCAACCUGUCAAUGUAGAGAAGGUCCUGCAGACUGCCCUUACAGACGAAGAUGUGGUGUAAGAUGUCCAAUGGGACUUUAUGCUCGAGAUGCUUUUGGCUGCCAGACUUGUAAUUGUUUGAUGCCUUCACCCAUUCAAUGUAAGUCAAACACUUUGAUAAUAUGUUUUCUAUAUAAGGAAAUCAAGUAAUUACUGACUCGAUAUACUCCUCCGAAAAUGUGAAUAAGAGUGAUGUGAAUAAACGUAAAGCGUUACCUCCCUUGAACUAAGUUUUGAUUUUAAUUUAUCAUAAAUAAUUAUAAUCUUUCUUUUGUGUUUUCAAAUGAACUGUUUAUUUAAUUUGAUUGAUUGUACACCCUCCUGUAGUCUUGAAGCUUUUCUUGAUAUACGAGACAUUUUUUGUAUAUAAUUUUGACUUUACUCGGAACUAUUGCAAAUUAGAUUUUUUUCUAAAUGGGUUGCCAAAAUAAAGUUAUAAAUAUUAUCUCCCUUGAUCCGUGCUGCUGAUAUUGUUGAAUUCGAUUGAUUCGAUACUGUGUUUAAUGUCAUAAAAUAUCGCUUAGCAAAACACAUAUCCGAGCAUCUUUUAGUUUUACUACUAAUUUCAUUAUUUAUUUGCAGUUGCUUAAGUCAGGACCAACAAAACAGGCAAUCAAUGUAUUUGAAUUAUUCUUAUUAAAACGUUUAAUAUAAUACCAGAAACAAUUACCCAGAUACAGUGAAAAACAUGCCUUUGGAGCUGCGAGAGGGUGGCUCCGCCACUGCCCAGAUAUGACGUAGCUCCAUCCAAGGCAAUUAACACCAUAACAAAUCAUGAGACUUAUCUGACGUUGCAUGCCCUGUAACUCUUUCUGAAAGCACGUGGAAAAAAGAGUGAUACGAAAAGGAAAUGUUAGCGUUCCGAAUACACAUAUUAUAAGAUCGCUUUCUCGUGUAUGGAGGCUGAGUAUUCAGAUUGGGGACUACACAAAUCUGGGAACAGAUGCUGGAGUACAGUCCCGUAGCCAGACUUGAUUGAUUGGGGACUACUACAUCCGUAGCCAGGCUAUACCCCCUUGCUCCCCAGUAGCUGUGCCUCUCGGAGUAUACACAGGAAAUGAUUAGACGAGUAUUAAUCGUCUACCUCUAUGUACAUUUGGAGAAAUAUUGGUUCAAGACACGUGUAAAUAAUUACGAAUUUAUUUGUUUUCAGAAUGAGUAAAGAACAAUGAAAAAUAAAUAAUGAUCUAUAUAUACAGUAUUCACAAGUAGAAACCCAGACACAAGCAUCAAAUUCUGUCAUCUUCACAAUGUCAAGCUAUAACUUCGUAAUUACAUAAAUACAAAACUCGAAAUAGCCUGUCAUUGUGGAGAUGUAUCGGGAUCAGGCAAAAAUUUGAAAGACAUUCAAAUCAAGAUUUUAACUGUGCGGGUUAUCUGCAUGCAGAAAGAACACAAAACUAUUUUGUUGCAGAAGUGGCUGAUACAGUCUGAAACUGUAGAAUCCUAGUCAUCUGCAUUAAACUAUGUUGAGCAAUUUGACUGAUAAGAACAUCUGUAGUUUUGUGUUUUCGUGCCUAGAUGACGACCGCAGUUAUCCUCAGGAAAAAAAACCACGACGUGAAAGUUGACAUGACAAUAAGUCCGAAUUUAAAUCUUUAGAUAAAUGAUCAAGGGUUUGUCAGAGAGCUCACACUUAACGAUAUUUGUAUGGAAAUAUUUUCACCCAAUCUUAUUGUUUGACGUUGCUAUGCAAUCAAACAAAAAUUUUAUGUUCUUUUUUUAUUUACGAAUAUCGUCAAGUUGUGAUACUUCUGAAUUCAGUAUACAUUACAACUAUGUAUCAAUAUAUUCAAUCUGACA